UCAUCAACUGUCAAUGUCUGUCGCCAAAUAUUAUGAUCUGACUGCUCCGAAUUCUACCGAAAAAUAAUAUAAAGAUAAUUUAUAACUAUCUUAUUGUCUAAAUUAAAUAUUAUAGUAAUUUCUGUUUUGAUAAAUUCCCAUUGAAUGAAAAAUUAAAUAUCUAUCAUAAAAAAAUAUUUAUGUAUCCUUACUAGAUUUCAAUAAGUCAGUAAAUCUAAAUAGUAUUGAGUACAUAAAAACCAAUCACCAAAAAUAUAUAAUGAACAAUAUUACAGGUCAUUCCCGUAUGUAUAUUCUUACAUUAGACCAUAAUAUCAGCCAGGAUUCAUUGGAGCACAAAGUCUUACCUAUACAUGUACUGAAUCUAGACAAUGAUCACUGUUUGCUGGCAUUAGAAGCGGAUCAUACAGAAACAGAUAACAAUACCCCUUUACAAAUGCUAGUUGAUCCAACAUUAAGGAAUAAUUUAUUAAACUGUAUUGAUAACAACACACUUAACCAACUACUUGAAAAUACUCAUGCUAAUAUAACUCAAGAAUCUGUAAUUACAAGAUUCAGAAAUCAAGCUACAGAAUCCAGUAAAGAAUCUAAGAAUAAGUCGGUAGAAUCGCAUCACACUGAAAAAAUAAAUACUGUCUCUGAAGAAGGAACUGUUGAAAGUGCCCAUCAACAUAUUAGCAAUAAAAUAUUUUAUGAUUAUGUGCACAUUCCGGACCGCACGGCGCCGGCUCGAGCAGAAGCGGUGUUGCCGACAGCACUGCAGUUGCGGCGCGAUGGCCGCGUGGUAUCGAGACGCCGCCUUCCCGCAUGUACUCGCUUUGGCCCUCUGCGAGGGGUGAAUUACAAAGUAAGCAGUGCUGUAACACUUGAAUUAAAAAUUAAAGCGGCUGAUUUGAAAGCACCUAUAUUUCUUAUGAAGAACAAAGAUGACAUAACGCAUAUUGAUGUAUCAGAUAAAGACAAAUCAAAUUGGUUAAGUUUAUUACCGCUAGGCGAUCAAAGUAAAGCGAAUGUAUGGUUAUAUCAAGAUGAUAAUGAGUUGUAUGCUAUAACUGCAUUGCCAUUAGCGGCGCGAACAAUUCUUUAUCUGGGAUACAGCAAGCAGUAUAUAGAGGAUCAUGAUUUGCCUCCAAACCAACCAGUAUUAGAUCUUACUGAAGCGUUAUUAAAAGAAUCAAGAAAUUGGUGGUGUUGCGAGUGCCACGAAGCACAGCCAUCGGCGGCUCUACUUGAGCAACACGAGGAAAUCUGCCGUAAGCAAAAAAUGUCUAGAUCACGUCGGAGGCGCUAUCGAUGUCGACAUUGCACGAAAACAUUUUCCAGAUUAUUUACUUUAAGGCGACAUAUAAUGCGACAUUGUCGUAAAAAAUUAAAUAAAUCGGACCUUGCGAACAAAUCAGAUACUACGCCAAAUGUUGAAUCAAACGUUAGAUUAUCCGUCGAGGACAAAAUGCCUUCAGAUGAAAGCUUCCAGAACUAUACAAAUGGACUAGACUUUUCCACUAACUUGUUUGACACUGACAGAAUUCCUAAUCUGGAAUCGGGUAGCUCUCGGUCGGAAGCCGAUUAUCCUUAUGAUAUUGAAUAUAAAGACGAUAAUAGUUUAAGUAAUUAUUUGGGGUUAUCAAAAGUUACGAAACCUAAAACUAACACAUGCCAGAAUAAUAAAACUCGUGAAUCUUUUAAGAUAUCUUGUCCAUAUUGCCAUACAGAAAUAGCAAAGGAUACGAAAACACAGCACUUGAAACAGUGUCCGGCUCUAAGAUUUGAAUGUGAAUGCGGGACCAUAUUCUAUUGUAAAAAAAAAUUAGCGCAACACGUAUUCGCAGACCACCCAACCAAAGGACUUAAACAGCCCACUCAGACCGAAACUGACUCAAAUGAUGAUUCGACCUACAAAUGUGAAGAAUGCUUACACGUCUUUAAGCGUCGCGGCAUGCUAGUGAACCAUCUGUGGCGCGAGCAUCGCGAGGCUGCAGCGGCAGCAGCAGCUGCUUUGCCGCUUGCGAGGCGCGAGCGUUGCUUCAUGUGCGGCGCUUGCCCCAAGCUGUACCGCGCGCGUGCCAAGCGUGACGCUCACUUACGUACCCAUCACCCAAAUGCAGUAAUAGAUCGUGCUCAGUCGAUAAUAGGAGGUAAGCGGCAGUAUGAGCCAGCCGCUUGUACUGCAUGCCCGCGUCAGUAUGCUACGCGCGCCAAACUACUGCAACACUGUCGCGCACGUCACCCACAAUUGAUUCCACCGACCACCAAAAAGAAACCAUCGAAAAACACGAAAACAAUUAUACAGGUGUGUUAAUUUAAUAAACAUCAUGCAUAUAUUACAUUGAAAAUAAUGUGAGUAACUGUACAAUUUUAAAGUGUAUUUUUACCAAAAUGUUAUUUUUACUGCAGACAAAAUAUCUAUUUAUAUCUACAUAUAAUAUAGAUCUAUGUAAUGCAAUAAAUAUUAGACCCAA